CAGUACUGUACUAUCCCUCAAAAUUGACCAAUCAGAUGAAGGGACAGGAAGACAAACGUUCGGGCCAGUUUGGGCGGCAGGAUUGAAUCGAAAUCGUCGGUUGUUCACAAAUUGUAGAGCCAUGCCUGAGGACGUUGACACACCUGACCACGACACCAGCACACCUGGCACAGCUGUGUCUGACACACCUGCCUCGGAGAGGAACACCUACAGAAGCACCAGGUUUGGCACAGGUGUGAGAGACACCCCUGGUGGGGAGGGGGGCACCAGUCUGAGUGUCAGCAGACUCAAUAGAACACUUCAGAAAGGUCACCUUCAGAGGAGAUACACGCCUUACAGAACACCCAGAACUCGCAGUAUGGUGUCCCCUGCUACAGACAGGACUAACACACAAGAGGUUGACGCCCAGCCAGACUGGUCCGGUCUAGUCAGGUGCAGCCUGAGUGUGUACCACGUUACACCGCUGUACAGGUACAGGUGGGACAAGGCAGGUGUCAAACAGCUGUCAGGUGCUCUGUCCCUGCACCUGGCACAGCUGGCUACAGCUGCAGAUGCUAACAUGUACAAGGCUGCAGUUACAGUGAAGGAGGAUACAGAUGAGAGUUUUGCCCUGGAGAUCACAGUGAAGAGAAGAGACACCCCAGGAAGAUCGGGCAGUCUGUACGCUGUGCUGUGUAAUGUGGAGGGGGAGGUGUCACAGACAGAGCAGGGGGCCUUCUCUGUACUCCCUCUUCUACUCAUGACAGGGCCAGCAACACUGCAGAAUGCUGUAGUGAGCUGGCUGGAACAGAGGUUUGACUGCAGAGUUUGUCCCAUGUCCUUCCAGUCGUCUGAUCUCCUGUGGGCCAUGGCACUGGGACUGGUCAGGGGUAACAGUGGCAAGGUGAAACAACAGACUCUGGACCUACAGUAUGAUGUACCCCUGAAGGAAGCAGGUCUGGACAAAAUAUCCCUCCAAAUCCCCGUCAAACUGGCCCAGGCCCUGUUAAACAGCGUCUCAGAGGACACAGAAAAUGGUCUCCAACUUGACGAGCUCCACCUCUUCCGACAAGCGCUGGAGACGCACGUUUUCGACUACUUCAAAAUCCACUUAGACAUGAUGAAACUGUCUCUCGUAGCCACACCUGUCCUGUUCGUGGAUAAAGUUGGAAGGCUGAAGAUUUUGUCGGUUGAUCAUGUUCACGCAGUUUUGCGAAUGAUGACGUCGUUUGCGCUCGAGAGGAGCCCUCUCACUGCGUGCUUAAAGGCAGCAAACGAGAGUAGAUUGUAGUAAUAAAGGAUACUCAGUAAAUCUCCGAGUAUAUUGUAACUUCAUGAUCAUUGGGUUGGCCAAUGCACUCCAGUUAUGAAUUGUGAUAAGGAGGGAUAUAGACUAUAACAGAAACUGUAUUACCAAGCUUGACACUAUGUAUAUAUCGUGUGAUAACACUUUACAUUUGGGACCACGUUUGUAAUAUUGCAGCAGUGACAUCUAGCUGCAGUACGAAUCAGAACCAGUCAUUGCUGCCCUAAAGACAGACUGUCACUGAAACCUUUGAUAUGAAUACCCACUGUUUUCAAAAAGAACCAUCUUAUAUUGUACAUGUAUUCUCAGUUAAGUUUGUGGCCCUUCAAAUUCUUUGUUAAAGACUGAGAUGAUGACUGUGGUACAUUGUAAAUUUUGUAUUAUGUAAACUGUAAAAUCUGAACAUGUUAUAGUUGAAAAUUCAACCUCAUUAAUUUGUUAUUGCAAGAUUUGCAUAUCCUACAAAAAGUGUAGGGUGAUGGACUGAGUAUAAAAUUUCCAAUGAUUCCUACUGCUGUACCUUGUAGUACUGCGUGUAAUGCUUCUUUCACACAACAAUAUAGUAGUAUAGCCUCCAUAGCAGGCUUAUAGAACUGGGGGGUUUGUGGUCUUUUCGGCUGUUUUCUGAUUAGCCCAGUUCAAAAAACGG